UGAGGAAGGGGCGCCGAGACGCCGGUCCCUCGCGGCCAGCAGGGUCCCGCCCCGGGCGAGGCAGAGGCGGGGCGGGCAGUCUGGGGUCCGAUGGGACCCGGUCUGAUGAAGCCGGUGGCCGCCGCGCCCCAGGGGUGGUCCGGGGCUGAACCGCUAACGGGGUAAAGUUUGUAUUGAGUAUAAGAAGGAAGGAUGAUUAGAAGAGCAUAAAAACCCCAGUAGUGUACACAUCGAUGAUUGUCUUGUGGAAGAACGGGGAAGUGGAGGUUUAGAGGAAGCUGUAACAGCAGCUGUGCAUGGUUACCGCUGACGUUUGAGGAUGUUGCUGUUUAUUUCUCGGAGCAAGAAUGGCAGAAUCUGAAGGCCUGGCAGAAGGACCUUUACAAGCAUGUGAUGAGAGCCAAUUAUGAGACUCUUGCUUCCCUAGGUGAUGGAAUUCCUAAACCGGAACUAAUAUCCUGGAUUGAACAGGGUAGAGAGCCCUUCAGGAAUUGGGGAGAAUCACAGAAAUGUGAAAACAUAAUUUGCUCCUCUGCUAAUAUACAUUUUGAUACAGUUCUUGAAGGACAGCUGUUUUGGGUUUCAGGGUGCUGGCCAGCUGUGAAGGCAGGAGAGAGAGAAGGCCAUUUCCUGCGACAGCCUUCACACAGCCGGUAUUCCUUUGGAGCCUUACUAGGAAAAGGGGAAGAGGAGUCCUUCCCACCUGACGCUGUUCACACUCUCAGGAGAUCCCACAGAAGCGACAUCCUGGUGCCGCCUCCAGCUGCCCGCAGCUCCAGGGAGGUGCCUGGAAGGGAUGGAGCCCCGGGCCGCGUCUGCGGGGAGAAGGGCGGCAGGCAGGGCCUUGCUGGGACCGGCCUGCAGGCCAGGCCGCGUCGGCUCCAGGGUGGCCGGGCCUUCCCCUGGGAGCUGGGUAUGCAGCGGCCCUUGGCAGCGCCUGUGUGGGAGGCCCCAGCCCAGCACCCGGAGCCUGCUGUGCGCUCCGGCCCAGGUGGGCCCCGGGCGGAGAAUCCCGUGCAGGUCUCCCAGCGUGGCCCACACUUUCCACAGAGGAGCGGUGGGCAGGCCUCCUGGGGGAAACACCCGAGGCCGGCGGCCACUGAAGGAGCUGUGCCCCCGGGGCUGUGCCUAGGGAAGGAGACGGCCUGGGAUCCCGGCGCAGGCAGGAGGCGGGACUUGGAGGCGUCCCUAUCUUGCAGGGAUUGUGGCUGGAGGCUUACCGGGCUUUGCGGACCUCCGGGGCUCGGCCAAGCCCGCGGCACGGACCAGCCCUCCUGUUGUGCGGCGUGUGGCAGGAACACCCACCCCAGGGCACAGCGUCCUGGCUCUGGCGACAGGCUGCUCCCGGGCACUGAGUGUGGCGUGUACUUCCAGCUGCGGGCCCACCCGCGGCGGUACCGGGGCACGCGGCCCUUCUUGUGCGCCCAGUGCGGCCGGCGCUUCACCCACCGUUGCAAGCUGCGCGAGCAUGAACGCGUGCACAGCGGCGAGCGGCCCUUCCAGUGCGCAGAGUGCGACAAGACCUUCCGCCUCAAGGGCAUCCUGAAGGCCCACCAGCGCACGCACAGCGAGGAGAGGCCCUUCUCCUGCGGCCAGUGUGGCAAGGGCUUCACGCGGCAGUCGAAGCUCACGGAACACCUCCGCGUGCACAGUGGGGAGAAGCCCUUCCUGUGCCCCGAGUGUGACCGCAGCUUCCGCCUGAAGGGCCAGCUGCAGAGCCACCAGCGCCUGCACACGGGAGAGCGGCCCUUCCCAUGCCCCGAGUGCGGCAAGUGCUACCGGGUGAAGGCCGACAUGAGGGCACACCAGCGCCUGCACGGUGGUUCCAUGCCCUUCUCCUGCGAGUGCGGCAAGGGCUUUGCCAAGCAGUCCAAGCUGGUGGAACACAUCAGGAUACACACAGGUGAGAAGCCCUUCCAGUGCCGCACGUGUGACAAGAGGUUCCGCCUGAAGGCACAGCUGCUCAGCCACCAAGGCCUGCACACGGGGGAGAGACCUUUCCACUGCCCCGAGUGCAAUAAGAACUUCCGGGAAAGGGCCCACAUGCUGAGGCACCAGCGCAUCCACAGGCCCGAGCGGCCCUUCUCCUGUGGGGACUGCGGCAAGGGCUUCAUCUAUAAGUCUAAACUCGCGGAACACACCAGAGUGCACACCAAGUCCACCAGUGUGCAAAGUGAGCCUGAGAUUAAGAAAAGGCUUAGUCAGCUAUUUGCAAUGAUAGAGGCCGACUGGAGUUGAGGCAGGCAAGGCAGAAUUGACACUGCCUGGGAAUCCACAGCAACAGUAGCCAAAGCCAGCUGGUAGACAGAUUUUCUGAAAAGGGCCCUCUCUGAGCAAGAAUGUAACACCAAGCCCACUGCCAUGGAGUUGAUUUCGACUCAUAGCAACUCUACAGGACAGAGUAGAACUUCCGCAUAGGGUUUCCAAGGCUGUAAAUCUUUACAGAAGCAGACUGCCACAUCAUUUCCGCAGCGCGCUCAUGGUUUUGGCUAGCAACCAAGUGCUUUAAACACUGUGCCACUAGGGCUCCUUAAGAAUGUACUGCUACUUAGGAAUAUGAGAAACCACAAAGAAUUUAAAACAUAACCAGUUGUAUUUCUUAUCCAUUGAUAAAAAAGAGACAUUUACCCUUUCUUCAUUGUCAUGGAUUGAAUUAUGUCCCCCCAAAAAUGUGUUCUCAGUUUGGCUGGGCCUUGAUUCCUGGCAUUGUGUGAUUUCC